AUGCACGGAGACACUGCUGCACUGAAAGCGCUUUCCCGGGCGUCUGCGUUUGCCCGGGCUACCGCCACCGGCAGAAAGACGCCCAAGAGUCUCAAAAACAGCACCGUCAAGCGACCGCCCGUGAACAGAGAGCUCAUCCACCGACCAGCGGUCCGCGCCGGCGGCGACAGCGCCCCCGCCGGCGCGCCCCCCGCGCGCCCGCCGCCGCCCGCCACCGGCCGACCGUCUUCCCCGGCUUCCCCAGCUUCCCCGCCGGCCUCGGCCGCCCACCACAUCCUCCGCCAGCGCGCCGCCGCCGCCUUUGAGCGCCGCGACCGCGUGCUCGCCGACUCCGCCGCCGCUUUCCGCCGCGGCGACAAGCUGGCAGCCGCCGAGCUCGCCGGCGAGGCCCGCGCCCUCUUCUCUGCCGCCGCCGCCCACAACGCCCGCGCCGCCGAGCACCUCUUCCGCCACCACAACCCAUCCCUCGAAACAGACGUCGUCGACCUCCACGGCCUCUACGUGCCCGAGGCCCUCUUCUACUUCAGUGCCCACCUGCAGCGCUGUCUCCGCCGCGGCGAGACACGUGUCACCUGCGUCGUCGGCCGCGGCAAGAACACCGCCGCCGACGGCGGCAGCCGUCUGCUGCCGGCCGUGUGGGCGCUCUGCCAGCAGCUCGACGUGCACGCCGAGUGCGCCGGCGCCGGCGUCCUCGCCGUCUGCGCCGACCAGCCCUUCGACCCCUCGCUUGCCGGGCCAACGCUCCACCGCGGCUGGUAG